AUGGACACAUCUACGCCUACUGAAUCGCCUGCCGAGUUGCCCGAAGUAUUCAUUUCCAGUGUGGAUCCGGACUACCUCGUUCUAAAAUCGAUGCUGAGACCAAAACGUAUUGCACUUCGGGGUGGUGACGGUCGCCAGUAUCUGAUUAUGUGCAAACCAAAUGAUGAACUACGUAAAGACGCCCGUUUCAUGGAUGUCAAUCGAGUAUGUUUUUCAGAAACAAUUAUUCUUCCUCAAGUUAACUCCAUAGGUGUGUGA